AUGAAGGGCAAACUUGUCUUCCUUGCAACCUGUCUUGGGUUUUCUGCCAUUCAUGGGAGAAUUAUUCCAGAGGAAAAUGCGUGUAGGAAAACGAAAGUUGCAAUUCUUGGUGCGGGAGUUACUGGCAUCACCGCAGCUCAAACACUUGCAAACCAAUCUAUGACUGAUUUCCUCAUCAUUGAAUACCAAGAUAGAAUUGGUGGACGUCUACAUGAAGUCAAUUUUGGGAGGAAGAAAGAUGGAUCACCAUAUGUAGUUGAAGCUGGCGCAAACUGGGUCGAAGGGUUAGGCGGCUCUGGCAAACCAGAGAAUCCGAUCUACACACUGGCCAAAAAAUAUGAUAUACGUGCUCUGAAAACAGACUAUGAAAACAAAACGACUUACGAUAAGACCGGCAAGAAAGACUUUUCAAGUGUAAUAGCAAAUGCAGCGGCCGCUAUGCAGAAAGUAGUUGUUCAAGCCGGAUCGUUGCUAAAGGAGAAUGUUCAAGACAAAACUCUUCGAGCAGCUCUUCGCUUUGUGGAUUGGAACCCAGCUCCAAACAAUGCACAUGCACAAUUUGCGGAUUGGUUUAGUAGCGAUUUCGAAUCUAGCUUCACCCCAGAGGAAAAUUCCGCAAUCUUCUCAUCAGUUGCUGAUAAUGCCACUUUCUCUCACUUUUCAGAUGAUAACCUCUUCGUGUAUGAUCAACGAGGCUAUAGUACCAUUAUUAGAGGCGAGGCAGCAACAUUUUUGAGACCUAAUGACCCCAGGCUACUUCUAAACACCGUCGUCACAGUCGUUAAUUAUACUCAUGACGGUGUGACAGUUUUAACCAAUGACGGCGCAUGCAUUGAAGCCGAUUAUGCUGUCUCGACCUUUUCACUUGGCGUAUUACAGCGGGAUGCGGUACAGUUCUACCCACCGUUUCCCAGCUGGAAGAAAUCUGCCAUUGCAAGCUUCGAGAUAGGGACGUACACCAAGAUAUUCCUCCAGUUUGAUAGAGCCUUUUGGCCAAACAGCCAGUAUCUUAUGUGGGCCGACCCUCAUGAGAGGGGUUAUUACCCACUCUUCCAGCCUCUUGACCUACCUGGUGUUCUGCCGGGCUCGGGAAUACUCAUGGGGACCGUGGUGAAUAGACAAGCACGUAGGGUAGAAUCCCAAACAAAUCAAGAGACCCAAAAAGAGAUCAUGAAAGUGCUGCGAACAAUGUAUGGAAACGACAUUCCUGAUCCAAUAGCUAUUUACUAUCCACGGUGGAACCAAGAACCCUGGUCCUAUGGUUCUUAUUCAAAUUGGCCUCCAUCCACUAGCUUGCAGGUGCAUCAAAACCUCCGAGCAAACGUUGGAAGACUCUUUUUUGCUGGUGAAGCUACCAGCCAGGAAUUUUACGGGUAUUUGCACGGCGCUUAUUACGAGGGACGCGCGGUAGGAGAAAUGUUGGCGAGGUGUAUCGAGGGACCAGCAAAUUGUACGGAUCAGAAUGGUCAACCACGGUACCAAGUACUGACUGGGGUAACUCCUUUUGAUCUAUACAAUGAGAAACAUGGAUGGUCUGUGGAUACUACAAGCUGA